UGUUGGAGUGUGUUGGCUCGAGAGUUGAGAAUUGUUAACAGUCAUCUUUGAUAAUCACACACAAUCAGACCUGAAACAGCGGUCUGAGUUAAAGAAAAAAAAUUUCAUUUACCUUCAAAUUUGACCUCUCUCAGACAAGUUUAGUUGUUGGGUGGAUUGUGUAGUAUUUUUUUUAUACGUUAAACCGGACGGUCGAGGUCCCUCUACGACCUGAUCCGGUGAAAUACCGGUGUGUGUGUUUUUUUUCUCAAAAAGUUCUAAGAGCGUUUAGGCCGCUCUGCUACUACGCUCUCUCCCUGGUGACUGAAGUGUGGUUAGCAGAGCUUGGGACGUCGGUGGCACCAGACACACUAAACCACACGUCUUGAGCAAGUAGUGUAAUUGCUGUCGUAGGAGGUAUUCUAGGCCGCUUGCCACCCGCCAGCAGCAAGACGGAGUGCCCCGUAGAAGGGAGCAGGGGGCAAGUGGGGCCACUAGCUCGUGCAGCAUCGGGGGCAAGGCCCCCCGCAGCCAAUCGAGCCUGGGUACCCCCGUCCACGCUCCGACAACAGGAUGGUCUUUCACCCGAAUCUAGCAAUGAUCUCGUAUAUCGAAAGGUUCGAGGUAUUCUCAACAAACUUACACCAGAAAAAUUCAAAAAGUUGAGUAAUGAUUUGUUGGAAAUCCAACUUGACUCGCAAAAUAUACUCAAGGGUGUUAUACUACUUAUAUUCGAUAAAGCACUCGACGAGCCGAAAUACUCGUCUAUGUAUGCGCAGUUAUGCAAGCAAGUAUGUAAACAUUUGUGUAAUCUCAAACGAAAAGAAUCUAACGAAGAUGACACGACAUCCUGCACUUUUCGAACAAUGUUGCUUAACAAAUGUAAGGAGGAAUUUGAGAAGAGAUCAAAAGCGACAGAAGCAUUUGAUCUACAUGGAUCAAAUAUGUCUCCAGAAGAUGAGGAACGACGGCAAAUUGCCAAACUUAAAAUGCUUGGAAACAUUAAGUUUAUCGGAGAGCUUGCUAAGUUGGAAAUACUGGCGGAGGCAAUCUUACAUAAAUGCAUUCAACAGUUAUUGCAAGACACACGCAGACGCUAUAAAGAUUCUAUAACACCUAUAACGGCUGAUCAUUGUGAAGAUCUUGAAUGUUUAUCACAAAUAUUACGAACUUGUGGUCGCAUCCUAGAUACAGUCAAAGGACAGUUGUUGAUGGACCAAUAUUUUGAACGUAUGACGGUCCUUGCAAACAGUCCUGAAUUACCACCACGAAUAAGGUUCAUGUUACGUGACGUUAUCGAGUUACGACUCAAUAAAUGGGAACCACGUAAAGCAGUCACUACGGAAGGUCCAAUGCCAAUCAAUCAAAUUCGGCCAAUUGAUGACGAUGGUCGAUCCGUUUAUGUGAAUCGUGAACGACGUGGAGAUCGUGUAAAUACAGAUCGCGAUAUAAAUGAUCGUCCUGGUGGUGGAAGCAACGAAUUUUUCAGAUUCCCAAUGAAAAUGCGUAAUGAAUUUAAUGAUGUACUAAUGGGAUUAUCGUCGUUAGGUACUCCAAGCAGCACAUCUCUUAUACACGAAAAAUUUAAUAAUUACAGUCCAAAUGGUUUCGGCGGAAAUCGCGAUCAAGGUUUUCGUGGUAAUCAUAAUCAAAGAAGUGGAAAUUUCAACAAUUAUAACAAUCAACGUGGAGGCUACAAUAAGCAUAACAAUAAUCAACAUGGCCAAAAUAAUAUUUCCCAUAAUUCACAAUUUAACAAUAAUGCAUCCAAUAAAGAAGUGGCACCUCGAUUUAAAAAGAAUUAUAUUUUGGCAACACAAAGUGCACAAAGUUUUGGUGAUCUAGAAUUGCGUCCAGCUGCAAAUUCAAUGUUAUUCAAACAAACAAAUAUAAAACCAGUGAUGUUACCAUUAAGUAGUGGAGGUAAUCGUGCUGGUGAUAAUGUACCCCCGCAAAUAACACCGCCAAUGAUGCAACCACCAGCACCAACGAAAACACUACCAACACCGGUACUAAAAGAACCGCCAUUAAUUAUCAAACAACCAUCGUUAGAAAAACCAAAACAAACUAAAAAAGACAAGGGGCCAAAUAAAGAAGAAGUACUGAAAAAAUUAUCAACAUUGUUAGAUGAAUAUCUUAAAAAUGACAGUAAUGCCGCAUUAUCAGAGGCAAUUAGUUCAUAUAAAGAACAUAAGGUUCCGGAAAAAUUCGCUAAAGAUGUUGUUCUAACCAUGUUUAAUUCAGUCAUUGAUAAACAAGAUUCUGAAAAAGAAAAGUUAGUUACAUUUAUCGCAAAUUUAAGAAAAGAAUCAUUAUUAAUGUCAACCGCUUGUUAUGAUGGCUUAAAAGCAUUAUGCGACACCAUACCGGACAAAGAAGCAGAAUAUCCACGUAUCACAUCAUUAGUGGCAUCUAUAGCCGCUCAAGGAAUAUUAAAGAACUUAUUUACAUUAUCAGAUGUGGCUAAUUUCACUGAAAACGGUGCACAUUAUCCACUAUUUUUAUUGGUAUUACAAAAAAUAAAUAAAUUACGUGGUAAAUCCGAUCUAACAAAAAUAUUUAAUGAAAGUAAAGUGAAUUUGUUAACGCAACUACCAGAAAGUGAACGCACUAAAGAUCGUUUAGCGGAAAUAUUAGAAGAUCGUGAAUUAACAUUCUUAUUCCCAUUAUUACGAAUUCAAGCUGAAUUAUGGAAACAACUACAAGCUGAUCCAAAUCCACAACAAUUCUAUAAAUGGAUUAAAGAGAAUUUAGAACCUUCAAGUCAUACAGAUCCUGGAUUUAUAAAUGCAUUAAUGACCGUAUUAUUAAAAUAUAUAACACAAGAGUCGACAUUACGUGAAGGUUGUGAUCCGAAUGUGUUACCCGACAAAACUUAUAUUGAUAAGGAACGUAUGUUACUUGAGCGUUACAAACUUGUAUUGAAAGCGUUCCUAAAUGAACACGUUGAUUUACAAGUAACAGCUGUAUACUCGUUACAAGUAUAUUGUUACUCAACACAUUUCCCAAAAGGUAUGCUUCUGCGUUUCUUUAUUGCCCUUUACGAAUUUGAGGUAAUCGAAGAAGAAGCAUUCUUACAAUGGAAAGAAAAUGUAACGGAUGUAUACCCUGGUAAAGGUGAAGCUUUAUUUCAAGUACAUAACUGGCUGUUAUGGUUAGAAACAGCAGAAUCAGAAGAUGAUGAGGCUGAAGAUUAAGAAUAGACCACAAUCACAACAAUUUGUCGUCGCAAAAUUUCUGUUGGGUUCUUGAUACACCUCCUGCUCCUAUUUGGGGUAAGUUUUUUUUAAUAAAAACAAAUGGCAGCGUCGUGAUCAACAACUUUCUCGUCGUCGUGAUGAACUCUUGAUCUCGAAACGAACGCCCGAGUGUUGUCUGCGUCGGUUAUUUUUUAGUCAAAUCACUAAUUUUGAUGAUCGGUCCUAAAAAAAUAUGUAGUUUAAAGUAUUAUUAACAAGUUUGUUAUUAUUUAAAAAAAAUAGUUAACAUUUUGUGAGAAUCAGUGCACGUGUUUUUUUUAAUUAUAAUCGUUAUUAAAACUCGUCGUUCUCUCAUCAUCGAACUUUUUUCAUAUAUUAUAUUAUAUAUAAAUCGAACUUAAUCGAAACAAGGUUCGAAAACAAAAUGCUGUUGUCUACACGUCGUGGUAUAUAUUAGUUAAAAAAAAUGUUAGUUCUAAUUAUUUUUAAAUCAAAAAUAUUUAAUAAUCCUACCAUCCAUAUUAGUAAUCUGUCUUCUUUAGUUUGUUCUUUUUAUAAUUAACCCAAUUCUCCCUCCAUUUCUUUUUCUAAAUUUAAAUCAAAUUUUCGACAUCCUAAAAAUUUAUUUUUCUUGUAAAUAAAUAUCACAAAUGGCUAUUAUCAAUUUUAUAUCAAAUUAAUCGCAUCGGGGAGUAUUUUAGUUUAGAAAAAGGAAUGGGAGUAAAAAUAACGUAUUUUAAUUUUGCCUAGAAAAUUAUUGCCUAUGUUUAAUUGCAUUAAAAAAACAUUCCUUGAUUCUAAAUCUAAAAUACAUAAUUAAAAUUCGAAAAUUUGAUUUGAUUUCCAAAUCCUAACAAAAAAACUAUGUUAAUUCACAGUUGCUUCCUUCGUAAAUCAGGAUAUAUAAUAAAAUAAAAAAACAUUACACAGUGUUAACUGAAAUACACUAUAAAAGUGUCAAAAAAAAAAGUGAAAAAUAAGAAAAACAGUAAAAAAAAUAUGGAUUGCGUAGAAUAGUUUUUAAAAAAAAAUAUAGUAAAAAUUUUUCAGUGAACACAGUGUACACAAAAUAAUGUUGCCUGUCACACACAGAGAAUUAAUGUAAAUUUUAGAUUUUUAAUUAUAAUAAUAUACAUAUUUUUUUUAAAUUUUCCAAUUUAAUUAAAACAAAAAUCAUCCAUAAAAACACAAACAUAUUCCAUCGAAUUUCUUUUGUUAAAAAAAUAUAUCAUUUCUUUUUAUAGCAAAUGCCCAAAAACCAUCCUUUAAAAAAAUAUUUUGUGUGAAAAGUGAACCAUUAUAAAUGAAUAAAAUUACAAAAAAAAAAUGUUAAGUAAAAUUUUGCUGGAAAAGUCAAUUUGUUGUAUGUCCAUUGUAUGAUAUGAAAUUGUGCGUGGAAUAGAGAAAACUUUUCUAAUAUAAAACUGAGGUUGUUUUUUCUUAUUGUUUGGACUGUGAAUUAUUUUUCCUUUUUGUUUUGGAUUUUCGAUCACCACUCAACUAGAAACAUCGUCGUGUGCUUUGAACAAUAUGAUGCCAAUAAAUCAGUGCUGCGAACAAAAUGGUAACGCGCUGAGCUGUAUUUUUAUGAACGCUCAGCUUAAUUUUUUUGAAAUAAGAAGUACUUUUUUGAUUUGUUUUUGCUCAUUUUAUUUUGAAUGUUUUUUUUUUUUCUGCAAGUGUUUAUACAGACAAGUUGAAAGAAAACUAUUUUCCGUCAUUUUUGUCUAACUUUAUUAAACGAAGAUUUAUGCAUUUUUAAUUAAGACUCAAAAAAGAUCUUUGAAACUUUUGAACUCAACAAAUUUAUGAAAAUUACACAACUGUUUCAAUUAACCUAGAAAAUUUAAAAGAAAAUGUUAGUAGAAAAAAUUAGGAUAAAAAAAGUAAUUAUGCAGCAGCCACCGUCUUCCUUUUCAGCCUAUAAUAAUUAAAGAGUCAAUUUUUCAAAGAUUUUUUCCAAAAUCUUAUUAUAAAAAUGUUAUUAAAUCUAGAAAAAUUUUAAAUUAUAAGUUAUGAAAGUACAAUCGUUAAACAAAAGUUGAUGUUAUAGUUUCAUUCCAGAUUUUUAGUACAUAUUCUAAAUUUGAAUUUUUCUUUUGUCUACGAGUGUACAGAAGUAUUUAUCAUUAUUCUACCACCCCGUCAUUAUGUUUACAACCAAAAGAAGAAUAUGUCAAAAAAUAGAUGUUAUUUUGAAUAAAAUGAGUAAACAAUUA